GACGACGUUUCGCCACGUAAUUUUUGUGUGUUUUCAACAAUCGUUUGCGGCCGGGAAGCUCUUACUACCGAUUUUCCGUGCAAUUUUCGUCAACUAAUUACCAAUAAAAGCAGCAAACCGCCCGCAAUGGAUUCGAUGAUUCGCUACAUCUCGCCGGUGAAUCCGGCCGUGUUUCCACAUCUGGCCAGCGUGCUGCUGCUGAUCGGAACCUUCUUCACGGCGUGGUUCUUUGUGUUCGAAGUUUCCCGACCGAAACUAAGCGGCAAGGAAGGAGUCAUCUUCAAGGAACUGCUGAUUUCGCUGUUCGCCUCGAUCUUCCUCGGCUUCGGGGUACUGUUUCUACUGCUCUCGGUGGGGAUCUACGUGUGAAGUGCUUCCGUCAAGCCGCCGAAGCAACCUCACUACAACAAGAACCUCCCAAAAUCUAUUCCGUAAGUUUAUUCAAGGGAAACUAUUCUACAUUUUCCACUUCCUCCGUCGCCGUCGUCGUCGUGAACUGAAUGUGGAGAACGCGAAGAAGUACUAAAUUUAAUGAUCCCCUGCGAUCUCUAAUCGUGUGAAUCCGUGUGCCGAUGCAUUUUUUUUGGUCCUGUUUCGGUCGAGUUAGAAGAGAGCAGAAAGCGAUUGCGCAUGUAGGAGCUACAGAUAAGAUUUGAAUAAUAUUAGACUUAAUGGGACUAGGCGUCCAAGAGUGAA